AUGGUCGAAUAUCUGGAAAAGGAGCAUCGGAAGCAGCCCCACGGAAAGAUACCAGCUCGCAAUGCUCGCGUUGAGGUUGUCGUCAAAGGCCACAAUGAGCAGAAUGAACUUUUCGAGCUCGUGGUUGAGCUCGAUACAGAGAAGGUCGCUAGCAAGAAGCAUCAGAGAGGCAAGCACUCAUACAUUGACGCCGAGUACAUGAAAGCAGUGGAACAAGCUUGUCUGGCCAAUGAGGAGGUCCAGGCUGAGAUCCGGACGUUGGAUCUUCCUGCUGGGUCAACUGUCGUCGUCGAACCCUGGGCAUAUGCCACAGACGGUAUGAAUGAUAUGACGACUCGCAUCAGCAUGGUUGGUGUAUCCGUGCCUUUAUGUUGGUUCUACCUGCGCCUAUUAGAGAAUGCCGAUGCCAACUACUACGCCUACCCUCUGGACAUAUGUGCAGAGGUAUCAGAGGUUCUUGAGGUCACCAAAGUCUACCGCCUACCCACCAAACCGGAGGAGAGAAUCAACAAUGAAAAGAAGAAGUUUGAUCGCAACCGAAUCCACUACACAGCUGCAAGCGAAUAUCAUCCCGAUCUUAGACCCAGCCCAAGAACGACCACCAAACCCUACCAGGUCAUACAACCAGAGGGCCCGUCGUUUCGGAUCCACGGUAACCACGUUGAAUGGGAGAAGUGGAACUUCAGAGUUGGCUUCAAUUAUCGCGAAGGAAUGACCCUGCACGAUAUUCGCUAUGACGGUCGAAACGUCUUCUACCGCCUUGCUCUGGCUGAGAUGUUUGUCCCUUAUGGCGAUCCCAGGGCGCCCUAUCCUCGCAAGGCUGCCUUUGACCUAGGAAAUGAUGGUGCUGGUAUCAAUGCUAAUAACCUCCAGCUCGGGUGUGAUUGCCUCGGGACCAUCAAGUACUUUGACGCUUACCACAAUACUCCCUCAGGAGAGCCAUUGAAGAUGCCCAACGUGAUGUGUUGCCACGAGCAGGAUGAUGGCAUUCUGUGGAAGCAUACCAAUUUCCGCACACAGAACCCUGUGGUGACUCGGUCUCGGAUCCUCGUUCUGCAAAUGAUCAUAACGGUCAGCAACUACGAAUACAUUUUUGCCUUCCACUUCUCCCAAGAUGCAUCGAUAAAUUUUGAGGUGCGUGCAACUGGCAUCUUGUCUACCGUGCCCGUCGACUUGAGUGUCAAGGAUAAGGUUCCUUUCGGUACUGUGGUUGCUCCUGGAGUUUUGGCCCCAUACCACCAGCACCUGUUCAGUCUCCGUAUCGAUCCUGCAAUCGAUGGGCAUGCCAACUCACUCGUUGUAGAGGAAUCAAAGGCCAUGUCUGCCAAUGAUUCGCCCAUCGAUUCGCCCAUCGAUAACCCGUUCGGCAAUGGCUACAUGACAGAGAGUCAGACUAUUGAGGAGGAGGGCGGGUUUGAUCUUGACAUUAACAAAAACCGCACGUUCAAGAUUAUCAACGAGAGCAAGAUGAAUCCCAUCACAGGUACUCCUGUUGGGUUCAAGCUUAUGCCUCACUACAGCCAGAUGCUGCUUGCUCACCCCGACUCAUAUCAUGCCAAACGUUCCGAGUUUGCUGCUCAUGCUGUCUGGGUAACCCGCCACGAAGAUGGCGAAAACUUCCCCGCAGGCAAGUACACCAUGCAAUCUGCUGGCGGCGAUGGGAUUGCUUCCGUGAUUGCCAGGCGAAGGGAUUCCGGUGCUCCUCAGUCUGUGCGAGAUCAGGAUAUCGUCAUUUGGCAUACCUUUGGCUCAACCCACAACCCUCGGAUUGAGGAUUGGCCCGUGAUGCCAAGCGAGAAGCUCAUGGUUGGACUCAAGCCUGUUAACUUCUUUUCUGGAAAUCCUGGCCUGGAUGUUGCAGUAUCCACGCAAGCCAAAAACAAGAGUGUAUUAUACGCUGAAAGCGAUGGAGAGGGUGCAGGACCCUGCUGCCACUCCAAAUUAUAG